AGCUGACUAGAUCGGGAUCUUAAGGUUAUCCUGGAGAUAGAAGGAGAGCCUAUGGAAUUCCGCGUGGAUACCGGAGCUAGUUUUUCCGCAAUGAAUACAUUAAUGGGUCCCUUAAGUAAUUCAACUGUCCGUGUCGUGGGUGUAUCAGGUCAAACAGAGGAAAGGGCAUUCUUGCGUCCACUGGAUAUUAAAUUUAGAGGAAAGCAAUUAGAUCAUCAAUUUCUUUACAUGCCUAAUAGCCCGGAAUGUUUAUUAGGGAGAGAUUUGUUGUCUUCCCUGCAAGCCAAAAUUGUGUUUGAAAAGGGUAGGGUCAAAUUAGAGAUUCCAGAAGAAAUGUGGCAGAUAUUUACUGUAAAUGAAAUAGAAACAGAAGCAAUUCCUCACGAAAUAGAACAAGCAGUGGUCCCUUGGGUGUGGGAGGCUGGAGCUCCAGGAUUAUCCAAAGCAGCAACCCCAGUAGUAAUAGAGCUCAAAGAAGGAGCACAGCCAGUACAGGUAAAACAGUACCCAAUCAGUUUAGAAGCAAGAAGAGGGGUAGCACCUUUAAUCAAACAGUUUCUAGUUCUUGGAAUAUUACAAGAAUGUGAAUCAGAAUUUAACACACCUAUUUUUCCAGUCAGAAAACCUAACGGAAAAUACAGAUUGGUACAAGAUCUACGGGCGGUCAAUUCGUUAACUAAAGACAUUUACCCUCUCGUAGCCAAUCCCUAUACCUUGUUAACAUCUGUUUCUGAGAAAUUCCAGUGGUUUUCAGUAAUAGAUCUGAAAGAUGCCUUCUUCUGCAUCCGAUUGGCACCGGAAAGCUGGCACCUUUUUGCAUUUGAGUGGCAAGAUCCCGACUCUGGAAGGAAAAGACAACUCACCUGGACGCGGCUACCCCAAGGGUUCAAAUCCUCGCCUACAAUAUUUGGUAAUCAAUUGGCAAAGGAACUCGAAUAUUGGAAGACAACUCAGGUAAAGGACUCUCCUUUCUCUUACAUAAUACUGCAAUAUGUUGAUGACAUUCUUCUGGGCACUGAACAACAAGAAUUAUGUUACAAGCUGACUAUUGACCUGUUGAACAUGUUAGGUCAAGCGGGUUAUCGGGUCUCAAAAGAAAAAGCCCAACUAGUUAAACAAAAAGUUAUCUACUUAGGCUGUGAAAUCUCUCAAGGUGUCAGGCGACUGGGAGCAAACAGAGUACAAGCCAUCUGUGCUAUCCCAGUCCCACGGAAUAAUCAAGAAUUGAGAUCUUUUCUAGGGAUGAUUGGCUGGUGUCGCCUAUGGAUUCCUGACUUCGGACUCCUUGCUAGACCACUGUACGAAGCCGUAAAGGAGCCACAGUUAAUCUGGAAUCCAGCACAGGAAAAGGCGUUCCAAACUCUGAAGAAAGCCUUGCGAGAAACACCUGCCCUGGGACUGCCCGAUUUAACUAAAGAUUUCCAGCUGUAUGUCUGUGAAAGACAACGAUUGGCUCUGGGAGUACUUACCCAACGACUGGGACCAUGGAAGAGACCCGUCGGGUACUUCUCAAAACAAUUGGAUACUGUAAGUGGGGGAUGGCCUGGGUGCCUGAGGGCAGUGGCAGCCACAGUGACGCUAAUUCAGGAAGCACGUAAACUGACACUGGGAAGGCACAUCACAGUGUACGUACCACAUAUGGUUAUUGCUGUUCUGGAGCAGAAAGGGGGGCAUUGGCUCUCCUCUAGCAGAAUGUUACAAUAUCAGGCCCUGCUCAGAGAACAGGAUGACAUUGAAUUAAAAGUCACUAACCAUCUCAAUCCAGCUGAGUUUCUCAGGUCCACACAGGAAGAGGGAGUCCUGGAACAUGACUGCAUGGAGACUAUCGAGCAUGUCUAUGCAAGUCGGAAGGACUUGAAAGAUGAACCGCUGGAAAAUCCAGAUUGGGAACUGUUCACAGACGGAUCGAGUUUUGUGGAAAACGGAACCAGGUAUGCUGGGUACGCGGUGGUUACUUCACAGGGGAUUGUAGAAGCAAAACCACUGCCCCCAGGUACAUCUGCACAGAAAGCUGAAAUUUGGGCACUAGUGAGGGCCCUGAAUCUGAGUCAAGGAAAAAGGGUGAACAUAUGGACUGACUCUAAAUAUGCCUUUGGAGUAGUCCAUGUACAUGGGGCACUGUGGAAGGAAAGAGGGCUACUUACUUCCCAAGGCUCAGCCAUAAAGCACCGAGACGAAAUACUACAACUCCUGGAAGUCAUACAUCAACCAGCAGCCGUAGCAAUAAUGCAUGUGAAAGGACACCGGCCUGAUUCAGGACCCGAGUCUCAAGGGAACAGACUGGCAGAUCAGACAGCUCGGCGGGUAGCUACAGGAACUUGGACUCAAAUGGCUUUGUUACCAACUCGUGAUAAUCCAGCAACAGUGCACAUGGAAGAAAAACCCCAUUAUACACCAGAGGAUGAGAAACUGGCCCAAAUGAUGGAAGCAAAGAAAAAUGUGAAAGGAUGGUAUAUUGCCCCUACUGGACAGGUAAUACUGCCAAUCAGAAUAAUGAAGACAGUACUUGAAGUUGAACAUGGUAAGUGCCAUUGGGGUGCAGAGGCUUUGGUAAAAUUUCUAAAACAUAAGAUUUUCUCAAAUCAGAUGUUAACACUAGCAAAAAGGGUGAAUGCAACCUGCCCGGCCUGCAUUAAGAAUAACCCUAUAGUUAGGAAACAGGUACAAAUGGGGAAACUUCAAAUUGGGCAACUUCCAGGGGAUUAUUGGCAAGUAGAUUUCUCAGAAUUACCAAAAGCUCAAACAUACAAGUACUUACUAGUGUACGUGUGUACUUUCUCAGGAUGGCCAGAAGCUUUCCCAUGUAGAACUAAUCAGGCAAAAGAAGUAGUGAAAACCCUCCUAAAAGAAAUCAUUCCGAGGUUUGGAGUACCGUUAGGAUUGUCCUCAGAUAGAGGGCCACAUUUCAUUGCAGGAGUUGUACAGGAUUUAGCCACAACAUUAGGAAUAAUAUGGAAUCUCCACACUCCAUGGAGACCACAAUCUAGUGGACAGGUAGAGAAAAUGAAUCAGACCUUGAAAAAUCAAUUAAAGAAAAUUUGUCAAGAAGCAAAAAUCCAGUGGCCCCAAGCAUUGCCGCUUGCUCUGUUAAGAAUUAGAAUUAAACCCAGAGAAAGAAUCGGAGUGAGCCCAUAUGAGAUCCUAUAUGGAAAACCAUACCAUGCAGCAACCUACCAGGGUGAUCCUCAUGUACUGGGAGACCAAAUUGUAUUUAACUAUAUUUUGUCUCUAAAUAAGACCCUUGCAGCACUCCGGGGAGCCUUACAGUGGAAUCGGCCCCUGCCUCUGGAAAAUCCAGUGCAUGACAUCUCUCCAGGAGACCAGGUCUACCUGAAGAAUUGGUCAGCAGAACCACUGAGAGAAUCAUGGGACGGGCCUCGCCAGGUGUUGAUGACAACCUACACAGCAGUCAAGGUCGAAGGCAUCGACAACUGGAUUCACUACACGAGGGUCAAGAAGGUUCCCAAGCUGUGGUCUGUGGAGCCCAUUGCACCGACCAAAAUGGUGUUCCGGCCAGUCAAAUAAAGACUGUAACACGAGCGAUAAUAUUGUUGUUAUUGAUAAAUACUACUGAUGCAUUUGUUAAAGUCAGUGUUUCUAAUUCCUCUUUCUUAGUACCCGAAGGUACAGCCGUCAAUCUGACCUGUUCCUUCUCUGACGACCAGGGAGCUGGAUUAGAAGAAGUGAGUGCUAGAUGGCGAAAGAUGGAUCAGGACCACAUUAUGAUGAAUGGUGUGACUACAGUAUGGAAUGUGACACAGCAAAAAGGCUAUACCGUCCUGCAGGUACCCAAUGUAACCUCUAAUGCAAAUGGUGUAUAUUCCUGCAUAGUAUGGAUUCGAAUGAGUUUUGAUUAUGGAUAUGUCAAAAUACAAACACUUAAUUUUACACACAAUGAAAGCACUACAGUGCAAUUACCAUCCCCUCACAUGCAGUCUGCCAGAUGGAAUGAUCCUACCUCUAUUUAUGUAAAAACUGGGCGAGUGACCCGACAAACUCAUGCAUCACAAAUCUCGCAGGUCCCACAUAGAAAAAUCACACAAGAAAAUUUAGUAGUUGGAUUAAUUAGAGAUUUUGGGAGAGUUCAAAAUGUCUCCAAAAUUACUGCAUGCCUCCCGAUGCCUCAAUCAGCCGGAGAUCCAAUUCCAUGGGGAGUAAUACCAGUACCAGAAGUCCCUAAAAUGUUUAGAAAUACUACAUGGAAUUGUAAAUUUGUGACAACUACUUCGACUGAUCUAACACUUGCCUGUCUACUAACAAAAGUGAAAACUAAAAACCAAUGUAAAGAAAUGCCUGGUUUUUGGCAAUGGCUAAACAACCCAAUUGGUGAUCAAAUCAAAGGCAACUGUGUAGUGUCACCCUCGGCUGUUAUCCUCAAUACACCGUGUAAAGCGGUUAAAGUUCCUAUCCUGCGAGAAAAACGUGAACAAGUGUGUCAAAAUAUUACUAGUUCCACUACAAUGACAGAAUGGCAAACAAUUUGGGGGCCGAGCCUCUUAGAAGUUUAUAGUUACAUUGGACAGGUACAAUGGUGCAUCCACUGGGUAGGUACCACAAAUCAGGAUUACUCCUUUUUACAUCCGAAACACAAACAGUGGCGAGAAAUAGUCUCACCCACAGGACUGUGGAAUUGCACUCGCAUUUACACAUGUGACACUCCCAAUAAUGACAUUAGCUUAGUCCCUGUAAGAAUGCUUUUACAAUUAGGCUGUGAGUGUCGUGGGUAUAAUCACUCUAUGACAGGUCACAACAAUUUACGUGGUCUCGACUGCCUAACUACCACGGUGGCAAGUCCAGGAAAUUUAGUCUGGGUAAUGGGACAUGGACAAUGGACCACUCACAUGCCCGUAGAUGGACCGGCGACACAAAUUACCUUGGGUGUUCCUACGCUUUGCCCAUACUGGAAAUCAGGAAAAUUGACCACACUUGACAUGCAACCUAGGCAAAAGAGAGAUACAGAACGAGACUCCGAAAAUUGGCAUGACCCGUCAGAUGCAGUUAAAUUUGGGUGGGCAAUGGAGUCUUUGUUCGCACCAAUAGCAUCAUAUCGCAAUAGAGAAAUGCUGUUUAAACUAAUGCGACAAACUGAAAGAUUAGCUGCAGUUACCAAGAAAGGUUUUCGUGAUAUGAAUGUUCAAUUACAAGCAACCACACGCAUGACCAUACAAAAUCGAAUGGCAUUAGAUUUAAUUCUAUUGAAACAACAUGGGGUUUGCGGUUACCUGCACGCACAGGAUGAGCACUGCUGUAUCCACAUCCCAAAUGUCACACAUGAAAUUGAAAAUGAUAUUUCUCAAUUAGAACAAAUUGAAGGAAACAUGCAUAAAUUACAAAAAGAAGCAGAACAUAAUUGGAUCGGCGAAUUAUUCAGCUCCCUCGGUCUUCAUAUGUCAGGAUGGCUGUCUUCCAUCAUUCAAUAUGUUUUAAUGUUUAGCAUAAUAAUUCUUGUUGCUUUAAUAGUAUAUAAGUGUCUCUUAAGAAUAAUCGCAAAAGAAAGACAA